CAACACCUCACACACACACACCCAGCUGCCUAGUGCAUACGUAGCUCUAGCUCGAUCCGAUCGAUGGCCGGGAGGAAGCAGACGACGAUGACGAGCACGGCGGCCAUGGCGCUGCUGGUGGCGGCGCUGCUUGCCAUAGUGGCCAUGGCGCCUGCCGCGGCCACUAGCCCUAGCCCUAGGUACAAGAUGUGCAACGUGGACCUGGUCGGCAUGAAGGGCGCAUGCGAGAAAUACUGCGCGAGAGGCAGCAGGGAGGCUAGGCCGAGCUACGGCUGCUGCAACGCGGUGAGGGGAGCCGACUUCCCGUGCCUCUGCCGCCUGAAGCGCGCGAUCGGGUCCAUGGGCAACAUCGACGCCGGCCGCGCCAUGCAGAUCCCCUCCAUGUGCGCCAUCCCCGGCGCCCCCAGGUCGUGCUAACUAGCUUGCUAGAAGCGCCGAUCAAGCUGGCUUAGCCCCCACGCAUGCGAAGCUAGCUACGAUCACAGCAAUAAGCACAUCCACGCGAUCAAUUAUGAUUUACAGUUUUCCCUUUGGAUUCAUGCGUAUGCUAAUGGAGCUAUAUUGCGUAGAAGGUGUACAAGUAUCCUCUCGUGAAUCUGUCAUGUUUGUUAGCAUGUAGGGGUGUAUUAAGACAGGAUUGAUCAUCUUGUACUAUAAGUCUACCCCUCCUCUUGUACCUCUAUAUAUACCUCCAAAGGGUCAUGGCAAUACAACACACAAUAUUCUA